AAAAAUUUUUACAUUUAAACUAAUUCAAAAAUCAUAAAAAUCUUUUAAAUUAAAUCAUUAAAGAAAAACAAAAUAAGAAAAGAAAAGAAAAAAGAAAAAUAAACGAAGAGAAGAAAAGAGAAAACAAAACAAAGAAAGGAAAAGAAAAAAAAAGAAAAGAAUAAGAGAGGAAAGGAGAGAAGAAAAAAUCAAACAAAGAAAAGGAAAAGAGAAAAGGAGAGAAGAGAAGAGAAAAGAAAACAAAAAGAAAAAAAGAAAAGAGAAAAAUAAUUCAUCAUGGAACGAACUUCCAAAUUAAUACAUAAUUUAAAAUUUCGCCAAAAAAUAUUUCAUUCACAAAUGGCAAAAUUAAAAAUUAUUUCUAUUAUAUUAAAUUCAAUAUUAAUCAUUAUAAGUAGUAUCAUAUUUAGUAGUGUAUUAUUAGUUAUUAGUUAUCCAUUAUGGUUAAAAAUGUUUAUAUCAUUACAAAAAAUUACUAUAAGUUAUGCAAUUUUAAUAUGGAUUGUAUUUUUUUGUAUAACAUCAAUAUUAUUAGGAAUUAUUGGAAUAUAUGCAAUACAACGUAAAGCAACAUUAAUAUUAGGAAUACAAAUAUUCGCCCUGGUAUUUUUAGCAGUGUUAGAAGGUGGUAUUCUCUAUACUAUAUUAUCACAAUGGUUAAGACAUUUAGAAGUCGGUGUAACAUUUGCUGUUCAAAUGUUUCAACCUGGUUUAGAAGAUAAAACAGUUAUGGCAAAUAUACAAGAAGCUCUUCAUUGUUGCGGUAGAGGAUCUUAUGACGAUUAUGAUGUGGCUAAUGAAGCAAUACCUAAACAACAUGUACCAUAUUCAUGUUGUGAUUUACAAACUUAUACAAAUGAACAUUGUAAUAAUGCUUCAAUAUUAACUAAAAAUAAAAACAUUCCCUCACCAACACUACAAUCUCCUCAAAUUAAUCAUCAUCUUUAUGUGAUACCAUAUUAUUUAGCUUACCCUGAAGGUUGUGUAAAUCGAUUAAAAAAUUUAUUUUUACCCAUAGUGAUUAGUUGUUUUUGUUUAUUAAUAUUUAUGAAUAUAUUUGCAACAUUUGUUAAUUGUUUUUAUGUACAAAAAGCUGCUGAUGAAGAAGAAUAUGAACAAAAUUGGCUUGAUUCACAACAUUUUUUAAAAGAAACUAAAGAAGCAUUUUGUUUAAGACGACAAAAAGAAAUAGACAUUUCAUGUAAUGCAUCCAUUUCAAAUAUAGACGAUUCAAGUAUAUUUCAAAGACAAUUAUCACAUAGACAAACUAGUUCCAAACCAAUCAAUAUGAAUUAGAAUCAAUAACUGGUUGAGUUAUAUUCACUUUUUUUUUAAACAAAGAAUCAUAUCUGUAUAUUCCGUAAAAAAAAAGGUUUUUCUUUUCUUUUCAUUAUUUCAUGAAGUCAACUGUUUCCCCUCUUCCUCCCCCCCCGUCAAUCUAAUACAGUUGGUUACUUCGUCAAAACAUCUAAAAAUGAAACAUUUCUCAAGUCCAUAUUAAAAUAAUGUUGUGAUUAAAUUAUGGAAUAAUAAUUCUAUUAGAAACAACUGUUGUGAUUUGUUUGUUUGUUUGUCUGACCUUAGCAACUAAACUUCAUUGUAUUAUUGAAUGUUCAUUUUAAUACAAUGAAUAUUAAUAUUUGUAUGAUAACAUAAUAGUAAUUGUUCAUUUGAUCAUCUAACUAUAUAUAGACAUAUACCUAUACAUAUACAUAUAUAUACAUUGGUUACAAAUAAUA